UGAAGAAGGAAAACAGUUCAACACAGAGCGAGUGACAGCACACGCCGGUCUCUCUCUGAAACAGAAAGUUCAACGUGUUUCAGUUGCGUUUAAAGAUGGAUAGACCGAUGAAACGACCGAGAGAAGAUCAAGAUGAAGAAUCUGUGUGGGACGUGAAACGGGUUCAUGAUGAAGAUUUUAUGCGCUGGGGCGUUAAUGAAACAGUCGCAUAUCUCAGGAGAGAGGGACUCGAAGAAUGGGAACAAGUCUUCAGAGAACAGGAAAUAACAGGACAGGGGCUACUAUGCAUUACGGAGGUACAUUUGGAAAAGAUGGGCAUUUCCCCUCUGGGUUCUCGCCUGAAAGUUCUUCACUGUCUUCAGAAGCUCUGGCAAAUCUCAAAUGAUGACAUGAAGGUUUUCAAUGACCCUAUCCAUGGCCAUAUUGAAAUGCAUCCUUUACUAGUCCGCAUUAUAGACACGCCUCAAUUUCAGAGGCUUCGUCACAUCAAACAGCUGGGAGGAACUUAUCUAGUAUUCCCUGGGGCUUCCCACAACCGCUUUGAACAUUCAAUUGGAGUGGGAUAUUUGGCAGGAUGUCUAGUUCAGGCUCUUAAUCAGAGACAACCAGAGCUACUCAUCACAAGGCAAGACACUCUUUGUGUCCAGAUUGCUGGGCUGUGCCAUGACUUGGGUCAUGGCCCUUUCUCUCAUAUGUUUGAUGGCAUGUUCAUCCCUAAAGUUCGACCUGGAGAGAAAUGGAAGCAUGAGAUGGCCUCAGUUCAGAUGUUUGACCACCUUGUGAAGGUAAAUGAUCUUGAAAAGGUGAUGGAACAGCACGGGUUGACUCUGCCCGAUGACCUUAUAUUCAUUAAAGAACAGAUCGCUGGGCCUUUGGAUGCAUCUAUCCUGGACACUACGCAAUGGCCAUAUAAGGGCAGACCGAAGGAGAAAUCAUUCCUGUAUGAGAUAGUGGCUAAUAAAAGGAAUGGCAUUGAUGUAGACAAAUGGGAUUAUUUUGCUCGAGACUGCUAUCAUCUUGGUAUCCAGAACAAUUUUGACUAUCAUCGUUUCCUCAAGUUUGCCCGAGUGUGUAAAGUGAGAGGAAGAAAGCACAUUUGUACCAGGGACAAGGAAGUUGGUAAUCUCUAUGACAUGUUUCACACGCGGAACUGCCUUCAUCGGCGGGCGUAUCAGCAUAAAGUGGGCAACAUCAUUGAGACAAUGAUCACAGAGGCCUUUGUAAAGGCUGAUCCUCAUAUCAAGAUCCAGGGCUCCUCAGGCAAGAUAUUUACAAUCUCUUCAGCUAUAAACGACAUGGAGGCCUACACCCAACUUACAGAUCAUAUAUUUGAGCAGAUUCUGUACUCAUCCACACCGGAACUGGCUGAUGCUCGUGCAAUCUUAAACAACAUUGUCUGUAGACGUUUGUACAAAUGUGUGGGUCAGACCACACCAGAGACACAUGUAGAUGUGUCACAGGAAAAACAGCUUGACUGGGCAAAAGAAGUGGCCAAUUCCAAACCCAGUGGCUUAGAUGAAAACCUAAUGGCUGAGGACUUUGUAGUCAGUGUCAUUCAAAUGGAUUAUGGAAUGAAGGAGAAAAACCCCAUCAACAACGUCCACUUCUACUGUAAAAAGGAUCCCACUAAAGCCAUCAAGAUUCGCAAAAACCAGGUGUCCAAACUCCUGCCGGAGCGGUUUGCUGAGCAGCUUAUCAGGGUGUACUUUAAAAAGACAGAUGACAGGAGCCUGGAAGCUGCCAGAAAGUGUUUUGUCCAAUGGUGCAUGGACAAAAACUUCACUAAACCACAGGAUGGAGAUAUAGUUGCUCCAGAGCUCACCCCCCUUAAAAGAGACUGGCACACCCAUGAAAGAGACGACGAAGACAGUGAGAUAGACGAUGAUGAUAAAGAUGAGUACACUGAUAUAACAGAUAAAACGCCCAAAAAGACUGGUCGUAACGUAAAAGUGAACCUUUUUCAAGCUUAGGGUGAAAACAUUGCUCUUUGAACAACUUUACUGGGCUUAGGGAAAUUUUUUCAUAGCUAUAACUUUUUAUGAUAACUGUGCUUUUCUGUAACAUGAGGAAAUUAAAUCCAAAGGCAUUGGGUAGAAAUGCUCACCAGUCUGCUGGUAUUCAAUCUCUGUAGUAGGUCAAAGGUAAAAAAAAAAAAAGGAAAUUGUUUUGAAAGGUUUUGUGUAAUAUUUAGGGUUAUUGAUUGUACUCUUUUGCCUUUUUUUUUUUUUUAAUGCAACUUGUCUGACACCGAUUCUUUCCUGAAUGAGUGAACUAUCAUGUUUAUUUCUUAAAUUGUUUUAUUGUGUUUCAGUGAUACCAGGUCACCAAAAGUUUGUACUUAAAACUUAUUUUUAUUAUUUAUUUUAUUAUUUUCCAACCUGACUGUUACUGUGUUUCCUAAAACGUAUUUGUAAAUCUUUUACAGUAAAAAAGAAUGUGAAAGCAUCUGCCUUUAGGCCUAUUAUUCCAGAAAUCAAUUUGUUAACAUCUGAAACUUUAUGAAAACAAAAAAACAAGUGUUAUUGUAUAUUUGAGCUAACAUUUUCAAUACAAUUUAGUGAUGUUCUCAGGGAUAUUCUUAUGACCUCUUUCAGAAUUGUAUCUACAUAAUUAAAAAUGUUUUACUGUUAUGUAUUGUAUGUGCAGCAGCUGAGCUAGAUUUUUUCAGGCAAAUAUCUUUACAGUUUGAAAUGAAACAAUAUCAUUAGUUUUAUACACUUUUCAGGGAUUUUCCACAUUGAUCGCAAUGCAUUGAAGAAAGGCAUAUCGGCAAGCAAACCUUGCCCUCAGCUGUUUUACACCUUUAAUAUAGGUGGCGCUGAUGGACAAUGAGCUUUACUGGUGCACACACCCAACUGAGCAGCUGAUCACCCCUCAACCUUCACCAUAGAGAGCUUAAAGGGACACUCCACUUUUUUUGAAAAUAUGCUCAUUUUCCAGCUCCUGCCAUUGAAAGUUACUGAGGGUGACUAUUUUCGGCUGGUGCUCCUCCUGCAGCCAUGUUACAACAGCAAAGUCCUUGAUUAUAACGCCAGAAUGAGCGUUUUUUUUAAAUAAAGGGACUUAAACAGUGUGCAGAUCUUUUUUCUGUUUUUUGAUUCAUUGUUUGAUCUUGCACCUGGUCAAGACUUUUUUUGGAUGUGCGUAUCCUAAUUUCUCUUCAAGUAUAGCUCCUAGCCAUAUCUGCCUAGAAAAUCACAACUUUUAAUUUUCCGUUGGUCUUAGCAAACGAUGUAACUCCAUAAGAGUCAAGUUUUAAAUAGGAAUAAUAUCCAAACUCUUUGGUUAUUUUUUUUGUGUGAUGCUAAUGGUCUAAUCAGAUUCUAUGGAUUAUGCUAAGCUAUGCUAAAAGUGCUAGCGCCAGACCCAGAGAUCAGCUAGGGAAGCUGGAAAAUGAACAUAUUUUCAAAAAAGUGGAGUGUCCCUUUAACAAAACCUAUAAGCUGGAAAAAUUAAUGAAAGACAACGAGAAAAAUAAAAUGUAUUUUUCUAUAAGCAGUAUGAGUAGUGCAGAUGAGUUUGUCAUUUUAUUUAAAGAAGACAUGAUAUAAAUUGUACUUGUGCUUAAAGAAGCACAGGACGUUAUACAGAAUGAUUUAAAAACUCUGUAUUAUCAUUAUACACAUAAGCAUGAGUUCAGAUGUAAGAAUGUUUUUAUAUUUGUGUCAUAUUUUAACAAUAAAAUGGUUUGACUUUUA